GUAAGUCAGCCAGAAACGUUUGACAACUCAACUGACAAACAAUCAAUAAGCUAUCGACCAACAACAACAACAUGACAUAUCUCACUGCGACUUUAGUGCUUCUCAUGCUGUGCGUUUGUUCGCAGGCGGCGGUUUACAUUGGCGGCGGCUGUUAUGACUGUAAUCCGCCCGGAGGCCAAGGGCCAGGUGUUUACACAGGCGGUAAUAAUGGAGGUGGUCGUGGCCAGCCUGGAGGCUACAAUCAAGGCGGAGGCGGCGGCGCCUAUGGUGGUGGCUACGGAGGCGGUGGCGGCAACGGCGGCGGCGGACGUCCAGUUUAUUCCGGCAACUUUGGACCUGGUGGCUAUAGCGGCGGUGGUGGCCCUGGCGGUGGUUCAACUCGUUACGACGAUGGCUUCACGCAAAUCAUUAGCGGUUAAAACUUUAGUUUGCAUAAAAGUUAAUAAUAAAUUCAACAGAAAUUGCAUUUUCUAAUGAGA